AUGACGGAUGAACUAAAGAUCUGGACCCUCACACAGAAAUGGCUUAUGGACUGCAAUGUUAUGUUCUACACUGAAACAUGGCUCUGCAACAAUUUUCCAAACAGCAUAGUGAAUAUGGAGGGCCGCUCCUUCUACAGGGUUGACAAAGUUGCUAAGCAGCUACUGGUAAAAACAAAGGUGGUGGAGUAUGCAUUUAUCAUGCACUCUAUGAUCAUUGAAGAACACCACCACGAGGCUUCAGAUCAAGAGGGGGCCAAUGAUUUUAGGAAUACCAUCAUUGCGUUUGAUGAAUUUGGGGCAGAUCCAAGUCUCUUGGGGUUGGAGGAAGACAGUUCGGAUGAGGAUUUUGUCCCUUCUCUUCAUUUACGAAUGGUUGGAGAAAAGGCAAAUGACCUGGCUGAAAUCAGUGUGGAUGAGGCCGUAAUAGACAUUGACAUACCGGACCCUCCUGCUCCUGAAUCAGAGUAUGCCGCACAUGCUCGCAGAGUACUCUCUGAGGAUGAUCUGGUCGGUAAAACUGCCAGCAUAACAUAUAACAACAAUCUGAUUGAUCUCGCCAUGCACUUGAAACUACCAGUGCAAAAGUGCACCUUUGCAGACAGAGUGCUAGGCAUAGCAUGCUCUGGUGCACAACCUUUUCAAGUUUCCAUGAGAACACGUGGGACAGGAGUAGUUUUAGAAUGGUUAUGCCCCUUCGGUCACUCCAUAUGGAAAUGGAAUUCACAGCCAACCUUGAAAUUCGGGAUGCAGGGCCGUGACUUUAUGCUGUCUGCCAACAUUCUUUUUCUCCGGGAACAACUACAGAAAAGUAGCCCUACUCUUCAAGUUUAUGUCGAUGGGUAUGGUUACCGAAACCACGUUCUACAGAAUCCAGGUUGCUUACUGCAUAGAGCCGUGCAGGAGAAUUGGGAUAAAACUAGAGCAGAAGUCAUAGACCGUUUACCGCAGAAGGACCAUGUUGUUCUCCUGGGUUAGGAACAGUCUUACAUGUUUGACCAUCUUUUACACUGAUAAGUCUGUAUUAUGUGCUAUGAUUGUACGCUGGAAUCUGUGAUUCUAAUGCUUAUAAUGUCUGUUUGCAAUAGGUGAUGGCAGAAUGUAUUCUCCUGGUAAGUUCUGUAUGCAUACUGUCAAAAUUGAGAUUUAGAUUUGUAUAUAUGUACUGUUGUACUGCUUUAUCAUUGUCUUCUAAUAUUUUUGAUUUUAUGUUGAUGAUGCCUUUAGACUGAAAUAG